GUUCAACUUCACUUUUGAGCCGCGCUUUUUGGCAGCCCUCCCACACCGCCCGCCAUGGCCUCGCUCAGCCGGUCCGCGCUGCUGCCGCAGUGCUCGUCAUGCAUCCGCCGCGUCGCGCGCCUCUCGCUGGACGCAGCGCACCAGACGCGCAGCAUCUCGAAGGCGGCCAAAGACGCCGAGCGCCUGAUCAUCGUGCGGCUACUCAAGGACGUGCCGCGGUACGGACGGGCUGGCUCGCUCGUCCCGCUCAAUCGCGCCACGAUGCGCAACCGCUGGUUCCCCGCCCGCGUCGCCGACUACGUGCCGUUUCUGCAGCUGAAGGCGCUGAAGGCCCAGGACGUGGACAUGCAGCGGGACCCGACCUUCGGCGUCGAGGUGGCCCUGGAGGAGGCCAACGACGCCGAGCUGGACCUGGCCCCGCGGCGGCCCUACGUGCGGCCCAUUGAGAUUGAGAUGCUCAGCCCCGAGCGCUCCAUGGAGCUCAUCGACACCUUCAUCCCCGCCUCCAUCGACUUCACCCGCCAGCGCAUCGAGCAGGGCGUCGACGCCGGGCCGCGGCCUGUCGCAACAGGCGCCGCCGCCGUCCUGACCGCCGCCGCCAUGGGCUCCAAGCCCAAGGCCAACCCCAACGCCAUCUACGGCUCCGUGACCACCGCCGACGUCGUGGCCACCCUCAAGGCAGGGCUGGCGCACAACGACGAGGCCGCGCGUGUGAUCCUCAACGAGGCCGACGUCCGCUUCGUCACGGGCUCAGAGGAUGCCGACGCGCAGCGCGUCAAGGAGCUGGGCGUGUUCAGGGUCGAGAUACAAGUGCCCGGCGCGGAGGCGCCCUUGGUGAGGAACGUGCGCGUCAAGGCAAAGGACAUGGACGCGUGAGCCGUCCGUCGCGGGGUUUGUCUAGAGCCCUGACGCGGGGCGUCCGUCGCGACACGGGGUUUUCCAAGGAGACACCCGCCACGGUUUUUCCGCUCGCUGUAAAGAUACACCUGUACAAGACAUAUAGACACUGUUUGGGCUUGGUUUCGGAAGAAUGGGACCUGUCAGCCACCCAGUGCGACCCUGCGUGAUUGGUGGACGUGGC